UUCAUUCAUGCUGUACAUCUCUCUUCCUCCAUCGCCUGGCUAAGGCAAGCUGCUGCUGUAGCCUCCACCUUACCUCCACUCUGCUCUGUGCUGUCUCUGACAAUGGAUGAUUGAUUUCUCCAUCCCUCCCGUUUAUCCCUCGCUCCUCAGUGGGGAAAAGAAACAAGAAACAGGGGGAACACAAGACUGUCUUGGGGGAAUUAUUCUCUCUCCUCUCUUCUUUCCUGGGAUGGAUGGAUGAGGAUUUAUAUUGGUCAUGUAACCCUCUUCAAGGCAGUAGAAGACGUGAGAGAAGAGGGGGAAGAGGAGGAGGAGAAGUAGAUGAGCAAUGUCUUGGGCUACAGUGUGAGGGAGGUUUUCAACAGAGGCAUAUGUGCCUCUCUAGUCUCUCGUCUCAGUGUUGAUUUUGGACAGAUGAUGAUGUUUUAGUUUGACCAUGGAGUUCAGCGCGUCAUCUGUGUUUGACCAGCAGAAAGAUUCUGCUGAAGAAGUGGAUCUGAACGUCGUUUACCAAGCAGCCGCCAAUGGGGAUGUCAACACAUUAACAGCAACCAUACGGGAGGAUCCCUCCAUUUUGGAGUACUGCGAUGGUGAAGGCUCCACCCCUUUGAUGCAUGCGGUGUCGGGGAGGCAGGUGGACACGGUGAAACUCCUGCUGAAGAUGGGUACCUCCAUCAAUACCCAGGAUGCCUGUGGAAGGACUUCGCUCUCCCUAGCGACAUAUCUGGGGUGGCUCGAAGGCUGCGUGUGUUUGCUGCGAAAUGGAGCCAAGCAGAACAUCCCCGAUAAAAAUGGUCGCCUGCCUCUUCACGCAGCUACCGCUGAGAUCGACCUCAAACUCAUGGCAGUCCUGCUGCAGCAAUCGACUGCGUGUGAAAUCAACCACCAAGACAACGAGGGCAUGACUGCUCUUCAUUGGGCAUCUUUCCACAACCGUCCUGAGCAUGUGCAGGCUCUCCUGCAGAAAGGGGCGGAUCCUACACUGGUGGACAAGGACUUCAAGACAGCCCUACAUUGGGCAGUGCAGAGUGGCAGCAGAUUCAUGUGUUCUCUCAUCCUGGAGCACAGCCUUGGCUCCUCGGUCAUCAACUACGAUGACGAAAACGGCAAGACCUGCGUGCACAUCGCUGCUGCCGCUGGAUACAGCGCCAUCCUCUAUGAGUUGGCGCGCUUUGCCGAGACUAACCUGCAGGCCCUGGAUGUGGACGAACGGACCCCUCUUCAUUGGGCGGCAGCAGCGGGGAAAGAGGACUGUGUCCAGGCCUUACUGCAACUAGGGGUGGAGACAGGGCCCAGGGACAUCAACGAGAACACACCGCUCACAUAUGCAAUGUACUGUGGCCACACUGCCUGCAUCAAGCUCCUCUCAGCUGACAACAGAUCCAAUUCAGCCAGAAAGCUGCCUUCCCAGAGCAGUGAUCCAUCCCAGCUACCUUCCCAGGGCAGUGUUCCAUCCCAGCUGCCUUCCCAGGGCAGUGAUCCAUCCCAGCUGCCUUCCCAGGGGAGUGACCCAUCCCAGCUGCCUUCCCAGGGGAGUGACCCAUCCCAGCUACCUUCCCAGGGCAGUGAUCCAUCCCAGCUGCCUUCCCAGGGGUGUGACCCAGCCCAGCUGUCUUCACAGGGGAGUGACCCAUCCCAGCUGCCUUCCCAGGGGAGUGACCCAUCCCAGCUACCUUCCCAGGGCAGUGAUCCAUCCCAGCUGCCUUCCCAGGGGUGUGAUCCAUCCCAGCUGCCUUCCCAGGGGAGUGACCCAUCCCAGCUGUCUUCCCAGGGGAGUGAUCCAUCCCAGCUGCCUUCUCAGGGGAGUGACCCAUCGCUGAAGAAGGAGGGCAAGUUCCGCAUGCUCAACCAGAUUUUCUCUUGCAAGAGGAAGGAGCACUACACCACCCGCCAGAGAGAGCUGGGCCGCGACGGACACCUGAGGGAGGAGACCUCAGAGGUGGAUGACAUCAUCACCAUGUUCGAUUGUCUGGCUGACUCCUCUUCAGCCAAGGAGCUUGAAAACGAACGCUCCAAAGUCAGGAAACGGCCUUCGAUCGAAGCAGCGCAGAAACUCAAUCCACUCGACAUCCGGACGGCGAAGGACUACAAGGGACUGCCUCCUAUACGGACGCAAAGCCUUCCGCCCAUCAAUCUGGGCACGUCUUUGUUGGCCAUCUCCCAGAGUGCUGUGGAGCAGAGUCAAGCCACGAGGCCGAUGGUCAACCACUUUGCACACCGCUCUCAGAAAAGCAAGAGUGAGCAUGACUUAUUUGACAGCAGGCCGAAGGGACAAGCGUUGGUCAGUCAUUCCUGGAAGACCGAGGCCAAUCAGUCCAUUUUGGCCCACAAAUCCUGGAUAUCACCCCCACCAGAAAGGCUGUUGGACAAACUGUACCAUGAGACUUAUGGACCUACUGAUGUCAUCUGCCCACACCAAGCCCCAUACAUACAGAAGAACGAACAAGCUCCAAAUACACACCUGCUAACUCUGGACAGGUUAAACAUGAGGGAGACUGCACUAACACGGAACUGCUUGGCCCCCAUUCGUGACCACUGUACCCACCGGUUCUCCUUGCCACCAGACCAAGUCUCUAAAGGGGUGAGGAAGUCCAAGUCCCUGCCUCUCAACACCCUUUGUCGGGGACAAGGGGGUCUCCCGCCGCCAGUGAUCUCCAAGUCCCAGAGGCCAGGGAUCCCCCAAAGCCCGUCCGUGUGCUCCUUCCUGCCCAUGCUGAAUGGAGACCCUCUGAGGAGCGUGCAGGUGCUCCCUGCCAUCCCAUCCCAGAGGAAAUACAGCCCCACUGUGGGCCAACCCAAAAUGGACACCCUCAGUAAACUGGACAACAGAACCUAAUGCAACCGCAUAGCUCAUUGGAGGCUUGGGGAGAUAUUUGUGGACCUGAUUGGAAACUGGACUUGGCAGGGUUAGCUAACAGCAGGCUAUUUUCUGUGGAAUUUUGUCAGGUCUGAAUGAAAUUUGUCCCUAAGUGUAAAAAAAAUAAUUAUAAUUGUCCCUGAGUGUAAAAACUGACUAAACUCAUCAAGAGGAACUCUACUGUAUGCCACAGUAAAUUGCUCAAGACUUUGCAAACAUUUGUUAAUAAACAGCAUCCUAUUUUUACACGUUUAUACUGUACUUAGUGGUGGAUAUUCCACAAUUCAAGGCAUGCACUGUGUACUGUUUGAUUUUCUUGCAUUUUGAAAUUGAGACUUUAUGUUGAGGUUGUCAUGUGACUGUUUCACUAAAUGAAUAAAAUAUAUGACAUUUUUGUUA